AGUCGUACAGAGCUCGUCUGAAGAAGUGGACGGUGGCGCCUCUGACGGCGCUUCGGUGUUAACUGCAGCUUUCUUUGCGCACCGCGUGGGGCGCUCGCCACGCCCACGGCAGUCGCCGUCCGAACGCCGGACGGUUAGCUUCGCGCGCGUGGUCUCGCGCACAAGGGAAUCUGGCCGUCUCUCGACGUUUGCGAACGGCUCGGCGUCGUCUACAGCUUCGGCAUUCGAGUCGAACAGUUGUAAUGUGCUUUGCUCCGCGUGUAUUCCUCUUCUCACCACAUUGUAUCACGUGAUAUGAAUGACUAAUUUUCUUAAAAAGUUGGUAGUGAUACUGGAAAUAAAAUUCUCUGUUAUAAUUAACUAGAAUCAGAGGCGAAAGUAGGCUAUAAAAUUUUAGACGGCGUUCAGUGUUAGAUAUAAAGCUGUACUAAAGUCAUCUUAUUUUUCCAAUUAUAUGGGCUAUUAUUAUUACAUGGUUCAGCAUUAUCGAGCCGCGUUUGUAACGGAUUUGGAGAUCCAGGAGUAAUAGUGUUGUGUAGAUAAAAAGUGCAAGGCUGGAAGAGAAGGAAGAAUCUUCCUUUUACACACCUCUAUAGAUGCGCUGGUCUCACCUGAGCUGCUGGUGUCAUUAGGUGCACGUGCGUGCUCUCCUGUGAUAUAUGUCUCCCCUUCGCCUCUGAACGUACGGCAGCUGGCGUGCCGCAAAUGAAAAACAUUCGUUAGCACGUGCGUCAUUUCCGCUGUCACGCUGCCCGAGAGGAUCCUAUUCAUAAGAGAGCGAAAGGGACUCGGGAAGAGAGGGCGGUCGAGGAGGAGGGAGAGGAAAGUGAGUAGGGGAGACGAGGAGGAGAAGAAAAAAGGUUUUUCGAGGUGAGUCGAGGUGGUGGUUUCGUGUGGCAACCGAUACCAGAAAUAACAGUCGGGCGGUCGCGCGUGUGAUAGGAGCGGCCGCAGCUGUCGAGCAGUUUAUAUCCUCAGACUCUCUGUCCUCCAGACGCGUCCACUGAGCAGUGGUGGAAGCGGGUGCAGCGCGGGUAUGUUUUGCCGCGCAGUACCGGACUCAGCAGCAGCUUGAGUCGGCGUGGCGCACACACGCACGAAAAUAUACACACGUGAGCAGCCGCUUGGGGAGACACGUGGACCGGAGCCAGGCGAGUAGUUUCUGUGCGCCCAGCUGAGAGGUUGAGCGAGAGGUGCAGAUUUCGGGCUUUGAGGUAGUGCGGAAGCGACGUCUUCGCCAGGUUGACACCGUGUAACAAUAACAAAGUGUCAGGGCGUGAGUAGGAGAGGUAACGUACACGGGUGGUGACAGACAAGGUCCCUGAGAGAUGUGGCCGUGCGCGUUGCUCCUUUUUAAUGCGCGGUGGCGAAGUGCUUCUAUCCGCAGCGUGGUGUAACUCCUCCGUGUGCGUAGAGGAGGGCGCUAGACAGGAGAGGGAGAGAUAAGGAGAGAGUGAGAGAGGCAGAAGGGCUUGAGAGAGAGGGCCUUCCGGAUACAUAAACAAAGGCGCCAUCAGGAGCGAACAGGGUUCCUGGCGACGCGGGGACAGAAAUAAUAACAGAGGCUGUAAAAAGAGACGUCACGGAGGUUCUCUAGACACUCAUCCCAGUGAGGGCUGACUCACCCCGCUCCUGAAGUCACAGUGGUGACAACGGCCAGACAGUUCGUGACGGAGCGUGGCCUACACGAGUGAGCAUAUCGCGCAGACGGACCCUCGCGUAGUUAGGCGGUUUUGCGGAGUGAUUGUCGGGUCGCCAAGUUGGGCGGUCUUCCAAACGUUGCAACUGGCCCGGGCGGCUAAGGGGGAAGUGGGCAGUGGCAGCGGCGGUGACAGUUAGCUGGCCUGGGAAGUGGGGAAUGCGGCGCUGAGGCGAGGUGAUGCAGCAUAGUCGAGGAGCCGGGCUGGCGGCGUGCGGUUUCUGCUGCGCGAGCACCAUUCUGCAGCAGCGACACCACCAGCGUCACCAGCACCAGCACCAGUCGCAGCACAGCGGCAGCAGGGCCGUCCGCGCCGCCAUGGCGCAGUGGGGGCUCUCCCUGGUCGCCGUCGCAGUGCUCGUGCACCUGCUCGUCAUCACCUCAGUGGCGCACCAAGGUACUGACUGUAACAGGCUAUUUACGGCACUCAUCUGUCAUGCUGAUGUGAUGGAACUGAAUGAAGGGCUGCCUAGCCGCGAGGCGCGCAGCUACGACGCCGGCGUGCACCGCGGCGGUGGCGGCGGCAAGCACCACGAAGCCGACUCUGCAGCGGCCGGCGCCGCCGCCGCCUCCGGGGCCAACGCGCUGCGGUCCGCGCCGGCGCCCACCUCCAUAUUCGCCACCGAGAACUCGACCGUGGCGGUGGCGCAGGUGGGCGGCACGGCAACCCUGCCGUGUGUCGUGCGCAAAUUUGCCUCCGGAGUGGUGUCCUGGAUACGAAGGAAGGACUAUCAGCUACUAACGGUUGGCCUAGCAACAUACAGCAGUGACAGUCGCUUCCAGAUUGUGCACGCUAGGCACCUUCAAAGCUGGGCCUUGCAGAUAAAAUUCGUGCAGCCACAGGACGCCGGCUGGUACGAAUGCCAAGUUUCCACGCAUCCGCCGACCAGCAUAUUUGUUGAACUGAAGGUCACAGAGGCGGUGGCAGAGAUCGCCGGAGCUCCGGACCUGCACCUGCGCAGCGGCAGCGAGCUGCGGCUGAUAUGCAAGUUGAGGCGGUCCACGGAGGCGCCCGAGUUCGUCUUCUGGUACCACGACGACCGCAUGAUCAACUUCGACGAGGACCGCGGCGUGGCUGUGAGCAAGGGUCGCGGCGGCAGCCAGCUGCUCAUCCCGAGGGCGGAGCGCACCGACUCCGGCAACUACACGUGCGCGCCCUCCAACGCUAGGGCCGCCAGCAUCACCGUGCACGUCAUCGAGGGCGAGAAGCCGGCGGCGAUGCAGCACGACAGCCGCAGCGCGGGCCCGCCCCCGGCAGCCGCCCCCGGGCUGGUGGUGGCGUUGCUGGCGCUGCUCUGCCUGUGGUCCUCGCUGGUGCUGGCGCCCGCCUGCGCGGUCCAGCCUGCGAGCAGCUGACGCCGCUGUCUGCUCUGCGUGCGCCGCGGGCCCCUGCUGUGACAGCAGGGUGGCCACCCGUGACACAGCAGCUACUGUGCGCCGUCAGCGUCGAGCCAAUUCACCAGUGCUGAUUACACGUCUCACGCCACUUGUCUAUGUGCAGGUGACUAGUGAUGACAUUCAGGCGUGAAGACAAUGUAUGGACGUACGGAGAAUAUUUGGUGUUUGGGGACUGGAGAUAUUUGUAUAUUGGCAAUUUACCCAUCGACAGCGCCCAAAACUUAUUGUAUACAGCAUUGAGUACAGGACUGCAUUAUUAUAUACAGUAAGUGAUAUUUUGUCACUCGUCAGAUGGUCUACUUUCUGUAAAUUGUAUAGUUAAAUAAAGUAUUUUGCCAGCA